AUGGAUUAAAAGGAUUAAGACUCGUUAUUAGAAAUCUCGUAAUCUGAUCAUCUCACCAAUAUGCUUGUCUCUAACAAUUUAACUGACAUCUUUUUGAAUGAUUAUUAUAGCAAAUUUAAGAAUAGUUAAAACCUACUAGAACCAUCUAUGACUAUGUCGAGAGUGUCUUAAUUGGAUAAAAACUCUGAAGACAAUUCCAAUAUAACUCAUCUCAAAGUAAUUCAGACUUCAGAACGAUUAAUACUCGAAUUGUAAAAAAAUUAAGUAUGUCUGCACAACCUACAUAGUUAUUAGAAAAUAUGUUGUUAUAAUAAUCAAAAUAGAUAUAAGAAUUGUAGGAAUAGGUAGACUCAAAAGAAUUGUAAUUACAAGAAAGCAUUCGAUUAUGUGAAUAACUGUAAUCAUAAGUAGAAAAUCAAACUAAAAUAAACAAAUUAUAAUCAAACUAACUAUUGGAACUUAAAUUUAUAAUUAAGUAAUUACUUGACUAUUUAUAUUAAAGUUCCCUUUCAAAAAAGUUGAACCUCAUAGAUCUAAGACAAGAAACACUUCAAUCUUCUAUGGAAAGUCUGUCUGUUCGACCAUCUUCACAACCAAGGGCAAAGAAGUUCUAUAAUAAUCAUCAUUCAUACACAUCCUCAAGAGCCUAUUUUCAAAAGAUUCUCACAGAGGAUACACAAAACAUUUCAAUUGACAAAAUUAUGAAGGAUAAAGCCUUAAUAUUUUUGAAUAAAAAACAAAAGUCCAUACAACAAACUGAAAAAAGCAACAUCAAAAAAGAAAAAUACUACAGAUCGUCCUCCAAUUUUUGGUCAAGUGUCACUACGUCACCAAAUCCCAAUCAAACAUAAAAUAGCACCUUCGCUAAUAAAUCAUAAACAUCUGAUAAGAAAAUUGAAAAUAGUCUCGCUCUAUUAAAAGCAAUAAAAAUAUAAUGCAAUCAAUUUUCAAGCACUAAAAAACUAUACUGA